AAACAGUUAAUAUUAGUUGAAAUAGGAACAGUUCGAAGCGGUUGUUCGCGCGAGCGGUUUUUGUCUACUUAAAGCGGAAAAUUGGAACAAUAUUAUUGGCAUGCAGUUUAUCACAAUAGAUUAAUUACGAGUUUGGCUUGUGUUCAAGUGUUUUCAAAGACAGUAAUAUGGCCACCGCGACUGCGAGUCACAUUCCUGAAAUUAUAAAACUUCAGCUCCGAAAACCUAAACAUUGGAAUUGGGAGCUAUCCACUUCAAAAUCUUCACCUAAUAUCACAAUGCCCAUUAUUAAGCUUUAUGAUUACAAAGGGAAUUUGCUCGUGGAAGCUAAAGACAACGGUACAACAACAACCAGUAUAUAUGGUUCAGAUUUGAAAUUGAAUGAGGAUAAUGGUAGCACUAAAUCUGUAAAGAGAAGAAGGAAUUUGAUAAGAUCCAGAAGCGACUCAUUUGGUCCACCGACUUCCCUUAUGAAAAAAGCAUCUUCGAAGGUCUCCAUAAAUUCCCAAGACAGGAAACAGCUCACGCAAAGAAGCAAUAAUUCGGUUAACAGUGAGGGUUUUAAAGAAAAUAGCGAUAUAAACGACCAGAAAACUUUCAAUGCGGUAGAGAAUUCUAUUUUCCAGGAAAACGAACACGAACAAAAAAGAAAAAAAACCGAGGUUACUGCAAGGAAUCGAUUGGAAAAGUCGAAAAGCGACUUAUUAUACGAAAAACGAGGUAAUAUAUCCUUGACAAAAAAUGUAGAAAAGAGUCAAACGACAGUUAAAGUUGGGGAACAAACUAGGCACAGGAGAUCAAGAAGCGACGAUCUAUUCAGAAGGAAACUAAAAUACAAUAGUGAAGAGAGUGUAAAGAGAGCUGAAUUAGACGGGUACAGAAAUUUUAUCACUCCAAACAUUCCAAACGAGCAGAUUCAAUCGAAAGAACAGAAUAAAUCUGAAAAAAAUAAAAAAUCUAAUAGAAGUGGAAUAAUACACACUAUAGAAGCAGUUUCUGUGGAUGAUAGUACAAAAAAUAUAGAGUUGUCGGAGCUCUUGCACAAACAAAAAUAUACGACAAGAACGAGUAGCGCAGGAACCUUAAUAAUUCCUAAAGAGAGUUUCCAAGAUUGCAGAAGGCGCCGAAGAAGACGUAGAGAUGGUAAUACUGGAUCAUGGCCGUUGGAAUCCGCAGUGGAAACUAAGGAAUCUAAUGAACCUGCGGCCCUUUUAUCUUUAACCGAGCAAUCUCCGUCGUUGGGGAUCAAAAAGGAUUCGAGAGAGCCAAGGAUACGUUCAUCCGAUAAAAAAUAUAUCAGACAAACCAGCCAUUCUACGACCUCACUUCCAGGAAAACAUAGAAAAUAUGCUGCUUCCGAUCGACCACAAACGUUCAAAGGCAUGGAGUCGUCGGAAAAAGAAAGAAAACCGAUCCACGAGUCGUCGGGGUUAUUCCAUUCCUACAGCGACGUUUUUUUGUUUAAAAAUUUGUUUGUGCGGAAUCCCAAUUAUUUCGUUGAUAAAAAUAACAAUUGUUGCGAAAUUGACAGUAAAAGUGAAACUCGCGAAAAUGUGAUUGAAAGUCGUAGAAAAAUCGCGCCGUCGUUAUCGUCGAAUGGAGCGAAUGAUAAACGACUUCGCGGGAGAUAUAAAAUACGAAGAAAAACCCAGAAAAGACAAGAGUCGAGCUCUUCAAGUGAUGAAACACAUAAAUAUAAAAAAGGGCAUUUGAUACGAGAACAUUCUGCACAGCGGGAAAAAGCUACCGGCGGAGCAUCUGCAGUCUGCGAAUCUGGCGGAGACGCCAACGAUCUUCUAAAACUCGUCCGACGUCUCUCCUAUUCUUAUACGCCGCCCAGAAAGCAGCCGACAGACGCCGAAGAUGCCCACCAGGUGGUGGAUGACGACGUGAAUAUGGGGGCGAACGUCAGCCGUCAUUCAGCUAAAGGGUUGGGACGGCGUUCCCAGUCAAGCGGCAGUAUUUGCAAUGGCGGUGGCGGUUCGGGAAGUAUAGGGAAAGGUAAUAGACACCCCGAAGGAAAGAUAUGCAGCAGCUUACCCAGUUAUUUGGAUGAUAGAGAUAAGAAUGGUACAUGCAACAACAACCAUGAUGGGAAGCAUCACUUAGAUGCGGUUGAUAGGAUUCCACCUUUAGGUGACGGCGCCCCUUUGCACUGGAAAUUUUCAGAUACUCAAACAAUUUGCGAUCAAGGUUAUGGUUCAGAACGAUCACCAGAAGAAGAAUACCCUCCGAAUCUCACCAGUUUAGAUCAAGAUUCACUUCAAUGUCAUCAUCAUCUGGAACCUCACGCUUGCUACCCUUUCAUUACACCGGAAAGUACCUUUGUCGUGAAAUUAACAAAAGGUUCGAGAGGUCUUGGUCUCAGUGUAACUGGUGGCAUAGACAGUACAGGUUCCUGGCCAGGUUUAAUUAGAAUUAAAAGACUGUUUCCUCAUCAACCCGCAUCGGCUUGUGGCCUAUUAAACGUUGGGGAUUUAUUACUAGAAGCCAAUGGAAUUACGCUUACCGGACUCACUAAUUACGAAGCCCUGGAAGUCCUCCGAACUGCUCCAAAUCAAGUAGAUUUAAAAAUAUGUAGACCUCCUCCAGAUGUAUUAAACUGUGUCAGUCCUAUAUCAGAAGUUCCUCCACCUCCUCCUAGACGAGAACCUCCUAACAGUCUUAACUUGCCUUCCAAUUCUUAUACUACUCCAGAGGAUGAAUAUUAUCAUGGGGAAUUUGAAAUUACGCUUAAAAAAAUUCAAGGAUCUCUAGGAUUCACACUUCGCAAAGAAGAUGAUAGUGCUUUGGGGCAUUAUGUUAGAGCGUUGGUUAGAGAACCAGCACUUACUGAUGGACGAAUUAGAGCUGGUGAUAAAAUAAUAGCAGUAAACGAUGUGGAAAUAUGUCCAAUGUCGCACGAGCAUGCAGUUCAGUUUUUAAGACAGUGUCCUGAAAUCGUCAAGUUGCGCCUUUAUAGAGAUUCUGCUCAAACGCCUGUUGCUACACUUUCACCAACGGAAACAACACCCAGAACAUCUUUUUCUCGUAAAGCCCAUUUAAGACAAGAGGCUAUGGAUAUGCUUAACGAUCUAGCCGGCCGUAAAUUGUGUAUGAACACCGAUAUAUACAAUCGGUCACUUUCGCCGAAUUCUUCACCACGACGUCUGCGUCGACAUCAAUUCGCGUCAGACGCUUCCCAAGGCGAUUACGUCUCAAAUAAUGAUCAUACCCAACACGGUGACUACUCUACCUCUCAUCCACAAGACUACGAAAUUUAUCACGAGCAGUUUCAUGAAGGCAUCAUCCAGAAAUGUCCUAGGCCUUUCGACGAGGACGCUUUUAAUUCACUCUUCUCGAUGGAAUCGGACGAAGGAGAUCGACCAAAUAGACCGAGUUCGUUGGAACUGUAUAAUCCAAAUCAAACCCCGGUGGCUUGUCGCAAACCCCGAUUUAAUUUUUCAUUGGCUCACAACGCCUACGAAUUGAAUAAUUUAGAUGCCGAAGUUCUGGAUGCACCCAAUUUAAAAUAUAAUUUAUGUAAUGAAGAUGUAAAAACAUCAGAUUCGGAAGGCCAAGAACCUGUUAGUAUGCCACAUAUUCCGACUACUACUACUUCGAAUUUUAGUUACAAACAUCCGGCCUAUCAAUCAGCGCAUCCUCAAAUUAAUCCCGAACCAACAGUAGAACAACCUCCUACCAAGCCUGUCAGUAAAGUUGAUGAUGGUACUAUAAGGAGAAGAAAAAAGGAAGAAAGGGAUGCUAAAUCUAAUCUUAUUGCUCAGCAACUACCAAUGAAGGAAGAAUAUGAAGUCCUUGCGAUUGAACUGAAUCGAGGUUGGAAUAGCAGAUUAGGAUUUAGCUUACAAGGAGCCGCUGGUGUAACAUACGUAAGCGCAGUUCAUGCCGAUAGUGUAGCUGCUAGAGACGGAAGACUAAAACCGGGUGAUCGUCUAAUUAAGGUAAAUGAUGAGAGCAUAGAGCAUAUGACUACUAGUGAAGUAAUAGAUUUACUGCGAAUAGUAAGGGGUCCCGUGUGUAUUGUAGUUUCAAGGGUCAAAUCUAAUGAAGACUGUCCAAAAAGCAAUGCGGAGAAUUGAAAAACCCUAGUAGUACAAUUUUUUUAAUUAUAAGAAAGCAUUUUAAAAUAUAAGAUCAAUAUCUGUUUUAUCAAGCUUCGUUAUAUCAUUGUUUAUUAUUAAAACAAAUAUUAUAUUAUCGUUUUUUUAUUGUCAGUGCUUUUAAUUGAAAGUUUUGAUAUUGUUAAUUAUUGAAUUGAUUGUCAUUACACGCCAUAUUGGUGUCUUCCUCUAUUACUUAUUUAUUUCAAUUAAAAGUAUUGGUAUUUUUGUAACAUUUUAAUAUUUGUGAUAUACUGUUUUUACGAUAUACUUGCAAAAAACGUCACUAAAUUAUACCAACAAAAAAUGGAAAUCAUUACUGUACCAUAUAGAUUUCAAUCAAUUUUUCCAAUUCAAAAUAUGAUUUAGUGGUAGUAAAAAUUGAUUCAUGAAUUCUGGGCUAGAACUUUCAAAACAAUAAUUAAACCACUGAAAUUCUAUAAAAUUUUUGAAAAUAUCAAGUUUCAAACGGUUUCAGUUGAUAAAUGUAAUAAUUUAAUAUAAACAAAUAUUUUAAGAUAUGAUAAAAGUCCUGUAUAUGUUUAUUAAUUUCUCCUUUUAUUCUAUAGAUACACCAUUUAUAACACAAAAAUUAAUUUUUUUUUAAUAGAGCAUGUCGAAUCUCAUUUGCAAAGAAACUGGUUUUUAAAAUCCUUCCUAAAAUCCUUUCUGUCCUGAGUAUGGUGCUUCCAGCGUCGAAUCGUUAGCUGCAUCAGAUCUGCCUCAACGUCCUCCAACCAGCGAAUGCGUGGCCUUCCUCUCAGUCGCCGUCCUCCAGGAACUCCAUACAUAUCUCGAUCAGAAGGCAUAUUCUCCACGUGUCCUAGCUAUCUCAGACACAUUCUCCGGAUGCACGCCACCAAAUCUGGUUCGUCAUCGUCCCUCUCAGCUCCAAGUUCCUCCGGAUCUUCAACGUACUGUUCUCGCAAACAGGACCAAAAAUAUUUCGUAGGAUCUUACGCUCCGAGCAGUUCAAAUUUCCCCUAAAAUACUCCUAAUUAUCAUGUCAGGUCCGCUUCAACUCUAUACAUGACUCUACGUGGAUAUUGAUCAGAAGGCAUCUUCUCCACGUGUCGUAGCCACCAAAUCUAGCUUGCCAUCGACUAUCUUUGCUAAGCAUUCCUUCGGAUCUUCAAAGCGCCGUUCUCGCAAACAGGGCCAAAAUAUUUUGUAAGAUCUUACGUUUCCAGCAGUUCAAAUUUCCCCUACAAUGCUCUACAAUACUACAAUGUCCCUCUAAAACAGUUUCGGGAUAUUAUAUAACUCUGUGAUCAUAAAAGCAAAGGUCAAGUUACAAAUAAAAGAAGAAUAAAUAUAGGUUGCCCCAUAUUAGCAUCAGAGUAAAUUUCAUUUAGAUUAUAUUCACUACAUUAUUUUGUACUACGCAAAUCCUUGAUAUUUUCAAUAAUGAACUUCUCGAGUCAAAAUUGAUAUUAAAUUUUUUAACUCAGCAAUUCAUCUGCAAUUGCUACAUUCAUACAAUAAUCUUUGUCUACACCAGCGCCAUUCUGGAAGUAGUUUGAACUGAACGCAUAUGGACACUUUCUUCUCAACUUUUCUCCCAUAAGAGAUACUCCUCCUUCUCUCUACUCUCCAUAAAUAAUAGUGACGUUUAGUAAGUUUAUCCUAAAAAAAGUUUAGUGUCUGUUAUUGUGGAUAUGUAAAACACAUUUUUUAAAGACUGCUUCAUAUUUAGUGUAAUUAAUCGUGCUGCUAUUAAUUACGUAACUAUAUAGAGACUGCAUUUCAAUUUUUAAGUCACGGAAUUGAAUUUUUUAUUAUUUACAUUUCCGACGCUUUUAAUAAGACGGAAGAGGAGAGGAGAAAAAGAUUAUUUACAUAUCUACGAUAUAUUAUAUAUUGUUAUAUUCGAAAAGUUUUGAAAUAAAAAUCGUGGGACUUUUUUUAUGCUAAAUUAUAUCAACUUCGCAGGUAGCCAUCAAUUAUCAAUAAGAACUGAAUCUACUGCUGGCGUAAGAUGUUUUGACAUUAAUCAGCUCAAGAUGUCUUUCGAUUGCUGUAUAAAAAUUUAGACAAUACUCAAUUAUAGAUAUGUAUGAUGUGAAAAUUGAAAAUAACAUUUUCGGUGGACGGCAGUCUAUUUCAGUCCAUAAAUCUUUUCAGAGCAGUAUCAUAUUUGUAAAUAAGUCUUGUCUUUAGUGUAAAUUAACUAUAUAUACUAAUUCAGUGAACAAGGUAUAAUUUUUGGAGGUCUCAGAAUCUCUGCCCAUAAUCUUCAGUUUCUUCACUUGAUUUUGGUCUUUCAACAUUCUCUAUUUGAUUCAACUCAGCAUCAGAAUCAGACUUUGAAUCUGAAGUCAAUUCUCAUGUUUACAAUUUUUCAUGCGUUGUAUUUAAAAAAUUGUACACAAGAAACAAUUUUCUAUUAACUUUUUCAUUAUUUCAAAGACCAAUAGCACAUCCUUACAGAUAGUUCAAUAUUUGGGAGAAACAAAAAUUGAUCUGUUGAAGAUAACAUUUGUCUUUACGAAACAUAGUAUUUUGAAUGACUGGUUCUCAAAUUUAUAUACUAUGGUGGUCGUUAAAAAUUAAAUUUUUUACGACGCCCCCAAUAACCUCCUUUUUAAUGAUAAAACAGUGGAACAAAAUAACAUGUGCCUCCAUACGACCUUAGUUAAUUUUUCGGUAUAAUUAUCUUUUUUGGGAAUCAGAGGGCGUCGCAAAAAAUUUAAUUUUUAUGACCACCCUAUUAUAUACUUAAUUCUUGUUCUUGCCUUGUAAAAAAUUUUAAUUCUUGAAAUACUUUAGCACUGUUAGACUACAUCACUUGUAUGGUUGAUAAUGUUGAUUGUUUUUUGACAUGAGGCCCCCUUCAUUCGCUUCAUGAACAUGAAACAUAUGAACCAAUAAAUCUGUACUUCUUUUUUGGUUGAUAUCCGUCAUCAAAAACACAUUUAGGUGUUGUAAUUAAUUUUUUUAUUGUUAGAUUUCAAUUGAAAGACAUGAAAUCACGAUUUUAUGAUUUAAAAAGUAUUUUAUUCAAUAUAUUCUUUCCCUGAACAUUAAUACAAUUGUUCUUUGAAAUUUCAUCCUCAAGAUGUGAGAACAAUCAACAGCCAAAUCUGGUAAACAGUUUGAAUUGAUUUUUAAUAAGAUUAUUCACAUUAUUUUGAUAAAACAUGAUUUUUGUAUUGUGUAAACUUUUUUUCACGAAUUUUUCCAUGCAGUUGAUCCUGAAGAUUAUAAUAAUACUCUGUUUUACCAAGGUGGAAGUAAUCCACGAGCAACAUUCCUCUUGCAACCUAAAAAAGUUGAUGUAAUACAUUCGUGUCUGUUACCUGAACCCAGGACAUUUCAACUUACUUAAGGACACUCCAAAAUAUUUAUUAAUCAUAUACUAAAGGGCAAAUUACAAGGGAAAGAAGAGAAUCUAUCAAGACACAAAUAUGUCACCCCUUUUAAAGUUUUUAUUUCAAAGACUAUAUGAAGCAGCACAUUAUUUACGAAGUUGAAAUUAUUUUUUAUCAAUUUCUACUGAAAUACUCUGGAAAUAUCAUAUAUGAAAGUUACAAAGAAAUGUUUCUUUUAUUAUCCCAUAGAAGUUAUUUUCAAAACUUUUCAAAUUUCUUGAUAUUUUAUAGUUUCCCUGCGUCGAAUGUGAUUAAAUAAAAUUUAUGGUUAAGAAUCUAUUUUGUUAAUGUUGAAUUCUUAAAUAUAUGAUUUUGUUUAUUAGGAAUAAUUAUACUAGUCUUAUUGUAGAGUGAAUUCCAGACAUGAGGAAGUUGAACUUAAUCAAAAUAAAAAAAAACAAAAAAUGCAAAACGUUUAACUAUUCCAAGAUUACUCUGUUGAUUUAUUAGUAAAAUGUUGGAAACAAUGUAAAGAACAGCACUAGAAAUAAAAACGUACACUAUAAAAACUUGAUAUAGUUUUUUAGAACUAUUAUUAAAUAGAAGUACGAGAACUUGAGCUCCUAUUAAGUGAACUUGUUCUUAUAGAGAUAGAUAGGUGCAUAAUAUUCAUACCGAAUGUAUCAAAAAUAAGGAAACGACAGUCUGACUUAUAUCCCCAUUUCUUCCAUUUGAAUCACGUUUUCCAUACAUCUAUAAACUAUCACUAAAAUUAUAGUGAGACUAAAUUCGAUGUCGGAUAUCAAUGCUGGUCCUUAGUGGAGCUGAAAAAACGUAAAGUAAAAAAAGAUCUAAAAUAAAUCUAAAAAAAAUUUACAUUUAUGAAAUUACCACUUCAAUAGGACGACCAUAACGUUCACCAUCAUCGGUGUGUGUACGACCACGUUUAAAUUCAGCAAACUAAUAACAAAUGGUUCUUUCCGAUCGAGACAAGUCCGUAUAACUCUUUUAAAACUUAUACAGUAUUUUUUUAUCAAGAAGCAAUGAUAAAUUAACACGCGAAAUUGUUUUGAAAAUAACAAAAGUAGCUUUAUUUAAAUGGCUGUCACUUUUUCUGACAAAUCGAAAUGUCAUGAAAUUGUAUACUUAGUCUUUUGAAAGCUGGUACUUCGUAAACGUUAUAUGGAUUUGAUCAAUGUCAGCGCCAUCUGUGUGUCAGUCACCCGACUUAUUGAGUGAUACAGUAAGUUAGAGCUAUCUGAAAAUAAAAUGGAUUCAAUACCAGUAGCAAUAUCUUUAUGCAGCCUACGAGCUUUUCAAUCCACCAAUAUCCAUAAUAGACUUUUUGUUUUUAGCAAUGUUUUAUUUCUGCUUUUUAAUAAAAUUAGAUAAGAAUUUCUUUACCAGUUCAAAUAUAUUCAAUCAAAAAUCAAUACGGAAAAGAUGGACGUCGAUUUUUCAAGAUAUGAAGAGGAGUGUUCAACGUUUUCACAUUUUGAUAUGAUAAUUAAGAUUGUCGACCGUUUAAGAACGAUGGAAAUGUUGAAAUUAUAUAAGAGCAGCGAAAAAUCAGUUGAAAUUUUGUGUAUUUAAAUUGAAUUUUAUGAAUGUUUUGAUACCGAACAUCUUCAUUCAUAUUUCAAUUAACUACCAUUGUUGGAAAACAUAUAUUAUUUUUGAAAAAUGAGAUUAUUAGAUUUAUACUUCCGAUUUGUUCAAAUAUCGGUUUGAUCAAAAUAUGAUUGCAGCAUACAGGAUAACAUCAAUUUUUUAGUAGCUCCUUCAUAAUUACUUCGAUAACAUACAGAAUAGCUCAAAUUAUUCUAAAGAUUACAUAAUUAUAUACACAUUUCAAUUGUGUGUUACUUUUUAACUUGGACUCUCCAGUAGAUUCUUUAACGACUAUCAUUCCCAUAAUUUGCAGAAUUUGUAUAAGGAAUUUGGUAUCCUUUAUAAAUAAACUUGAGCAAAUUUGUUUUCAUUUAAAUUGGCAACCAUAUUUUAGUCCAAGUAUUAAUGUGAUCUGUAGAUUUUUGCGAUUAUUCACUAGCUUCUUCAUGGCUUUCUCAAAUGACUAGAGUUGCAAUAGUUGCAAUAAUAUCGUGCUCAAGUCUAGGUAAGUAUAACAUUGACCUUAAUAGAGUUAUCCAAAGUACUUCUGCUUCAAUAUCUAAUAAUUCAGACUGAAAUAUCGGUCGGUCUAUAAUCUUUUAGGUUGGUUAGGUAAUAUAACAUACUCAACUUGUAACUUAGGCCGUUAUGACAAAAUUCUUUAGACAUAUGUAUCGAAUUGAAGAUAUCACAACAAAAAAGGUAUCUAGCUCAAACUAACUUAUUCUGGCUUUCUAAUUAUUGUAUCCUUAAGUAUUUAUAAUAAUUACUUUUUUAUUAACACGCCCUAUAUUAGCUUCACCUGUAAGUGGAUUUGUUUGUUUGUAAUUCUCCCUUGGAUUAAUAGCAAGUGACAUUUAAUAAAAAUUUCGUUCGACAGGGGAUUCUAACUUCUGAUCUCCGUGUUGGAAAUCAAGCACUUCGACAACCUUACCAAUUACACCGUUACGGCUCGAUAUAAGUUUCGAGAAGAUGUAGGUAUAUAAAUAGCGAGACUGUGAAACUAAAAAGUGAAAAAUAAAGUUUAAAACAACUAUAAAACAUGCUUUUAAAGCACAUCAAACUAAAAAGUUAAAAAUAAUUGUUAAAUUUAGCUUGAAACAAUAAUGAAUAAGGAUUAUUUUAUGAUGUACGAAAAGUAACUUUUUAGUUUGAUGUACUUUAAAAGCAUUUAGUUUUUCUUAACUAUAUUUAUAAUAUUCGCAAACAUGCCAAAUAAGUUAUUUAUAUAUAAAUAGUUAACAAAGUAGUAAAAUAUCGAUACAUGGUGUGUAAGGUUAAGUAUGAAUAAUAUGCGCUUACCUAGUCAUAAGUACAGUUAAGCAGAAUGUCUUAGUUCUGUCAAAACUUGUUAGCACUGUUAUUGGAAUUAAAGAAAAAAUAUAUAUAUUGAAAAUAAACAUCCUGUUAUAAUAGCACACAUUUAACGUUUAGCAAGAAAUAUUUUAAUAAAAUGGUGCAAAAAGGGUUAAAUACAAUGAAUGACAUUGAAUGGUAUUCAUUCUGAACACACUGUUUGCACUACCACUACACCAACUUUCACAAUUACAUUGUCUGACGCGCGUUUUAAUAACCAAGUUAUCGUCCUCAGAGACUAAAGGUAAACUGUUUACCUUCAGUUUACUUCCAGUCUCUGACGACGAUAACUGGGUUAUCGAAACGCGCAUUAGACAGUGUAAUUGUGAGUGUUGGUGUAGUGGUAGUGUAAACAGUGCGGUCAGUAUAAAUCUCAGGUAGUAAGUGAUAAUAUGUUCAAUUAAAAAAAUUAUUCAAACAAAGAGUUUUGAGUUUUCCCUCUAAGUCAUUAACUCUUCUUUCGUGAAUUUAUUGUGAGAUUAGUCAGAAAGAAUUUGUGAGUAUGUUGGAAUUAUUAUAUAGUAGGAGAGCAAUGAGUCAGCACAGUGUGAAUGGCAGAGUCAUCGUUGUCCUUGCUAAUGAAGACUUAUUAGUAUAGAAAAGAAUUUCAUAAUAUAAGUAGGGUUUACUUUCCUAAGAGUAUUUUUUUGAGAUGAGGAACUUAUUGUAUUUCUGUUUUCAGUUAUGAAAUCUUUUCCCCAUUUAACUAGAGUUCUUCCAUAUAUCCCAUAAUUGGUUAUUUCAUUAUUUCUAAUAACUUCCAGUUCAUUUUAUUUGUUUAGCGAUUGAAACAAAUUACCUGUGUAAAAGCAAUAAAAACAUGUCUCAUUUUGUUUUAAGUUAUGUUAGUUUGACCGCCCUGUACAUAAAUCUAUGAUUUUUUAAUGUAUUAAGAGGUGGUACAUUAAAUAAUUGCUUAAGCUGUUGCACGACUAUAAAGUAAAACUUUUUGUACUUUUAUUCAUUAUUUUUAUAUAGUUUUUAAUAUUGUUUGUUCCUAGUAUACUUACCUAUUGACUUUAGCACUUUUUGCACCACAUGUCAUUCCAUUUAGAUGUAAGAGUGGGUGCACAAUAUUUUCUUCUAGGCUUUAUUAACUGUAGCUGACAGAAUAUUCUCUGCAAUACCCUUCUAAUUAAGAUUAAACUUGAUGAAAUAAUAUGAAUAAUCAAAUUUCACUUACUUAAAGAGAAAUACAUAAUAAUACAUUAUGAAAAUUACUAACAUUCUAAAUUUUUGCCUCAGAUAGGAACUAAUGUUAUUUUUUGUAAGGUACGUGUAAAUCAAACAUUCAAAGUAAAAAUUACAAAAACUAGCAAUAUAUUCAAACAUUAGCUUAGUGUAAUUAGAUUCCCAGUUUGUAUAUACUUAGUAGGAGGACUAUUAGCAAUUUAAUUAAAAAGACAAGGAAAAAUUAGUGUCCUGUAUAUUAGGGUGUUCAUUCCUUGGUACUGUAUCUACGAUUGCUUUUCUUCUUUAUCCCAACUCGUUUUUUAUAUCAAUUAUUUGAGGUUAUAUAUGUAUUUCUAUCUAUUCUUUCUAUUUGACACAUUGUACGAGGAGGAAUUUGGCGGUGGUGACAAAAAAAAGACUCGUCAACUCGAUCACUCUACUUUUCUAGUCCUUCCUGGUUUGAAAACUUUCAAAGUUCAAAAUUUCACUAACGGAAAAUUCAUAUCCUACUGAUUGAUACAACUGAAAAUUAAAACUUAUAGAUGAAAAAGAAAAUGAAUUAUUUUAAAACAAUGUAAAUCCUUUUACCAUUUUUCUGGUUUCCAUCUUCAUUAAAUCUGUAAGGUGACUCUAGUGGAAACAUUUGGAGAAGAACAAAUCACCUUCCACGUCUUAGGAUUUAAUUGAAGUUGAAUAAGUUUCAGGAUAGAAUAAAUGAGAAGGUAUAUAUGUGUGCACCUUAACGAUGAAGAAUUGUGAAAAAAUUAAAUAUAUGGUUCUUUAGCAAUUUUACAAGAAAUUAGAAAUAUUUCAUCCGUCAAAUCUUUAAUACUAACAGUGAACCUGAUUAGCUAGAAAAAUUAUUAAACACAUUUAUUUAUUAUUUAUAACUCUAUAGUUGUAUAUCAAUACGAACCAGCACCUUUUAAUAGAUUUUUCUUGAAUAAUUCUAUGAUAUGGCAGGUCUCUCUAUGUAUUUAGUUAUAAAAAAUAUUGUUUCAGUUGGUAGGUAAGUUUUGUAGCAAAAUAUUAUGACUAGUUGUAUAUACUAAGGAAUUGAAAAUAUUGUAUUGCCCAGUUUGAAUUUGACUCACUGUAUCAAUUCUAUAAACUAAAAAUUUAUUGUAUAUUAUAUAGUUUUUAGGGUUUUCGAUGUUUUGUUUUAAUCUGAAACCAAAGACAGAAAUAAAUAUCAUUGAAUUCAAA